ACAUCUUGGCGACGAGGAUGGCGAAUUUCGUCGGUAAUUUAGGAGUGUUUGAUCACAAAUCACAGGACUGGCAAAUUUUUCACAGCCGACUUAGCCAAUUUUUGUUACUGAAUAGUGUAAGUGACGAUGCAAAAAAGUGCGCGGUGUUGCUAACUCAUUUCUCCGAGGAAUCAUAUAGAUUAACAAUCAACUUAUUGCAUCCCAAGAAGGUGGAAGACGUAAAGUUUGCGGAUCUAGUGAAAGUACUCAAUGAACAUUUUACUCCGAGGAGGUCGACGUUCGCUGACCGAGCGAAGUUUUAUGAGGCGACCAUAAAGACCGGCGAGAGUCUCGAAGAUUGGGCGGCUCGGCUAAGAGGGCUCGCGGUGUAUUGCGACUUCGGGACGGCGCUGGACAUCUUUUUACGUGAUCGUUUCGUGUUGGGGUUGAAGUCGGGUCCUGAGCGUGAUCGGCUUUUCGAAAAGGAUUCGUCAACGCUAACCCUGGCGCAAGCGCUGGAGGUGGCGCAGCAGGCGGCGUGCGCUCGGGCAGCGCGCGCCAACGUGGCGCAGGCGGAGCCGGUGCAGGUGAAGGAGGAGCCGGUAUUCCGCGCCAGCGCAGGCCGCGCUGGCGGCGCUCGCGCUACUUCGGGCAAUGGCGGCGGCGACGGCGCGUCUUUGUGCUCCGUCUGCGGCCGCAAGAAUCACGAUACAGCAAAGGGCCGGUUUAAGGGGUAUCGGUGUCAAAGUUGCGGUCAAAAAGGGCAUUUGAAAAAAGUAUGUGCGAAAAGGGGCAGUGGCGGCAAAUCUAGGCUUCACUGCAUACAAACGGAAUCGGACGACUCCGAUGGGUGUAAAGAAUGCGAGGUUUUUAAUGCAAGAAGGUAUGUCGAUAAUUAUAAACCUAUUAAAUUGCCUGUUACUCUUAGUGACGUACAAAUUUUGAUGGAACUGGAUUCCGGUUCGGGAGCGAGUGUUAUUAGUGACGAACUUUAUUCAAAGUUCUUCAAAAAAAGGAAAUUAUAUAAAACUGAUCUGUCAAUGUGUCUUUAUAAUGGCCAUAAGAUUUUACCGUUAGGAUAUUUUAGAGGGAGAGUUUGUUAUAUGUCAACCGUCAAACAUUUGAAAAUGUAUGUAGUUCAAAACGGCGGUCCUCCCUUGCUUGGCCGCGACUUCAUGGCAAAGUUUAAAAUUCGGUUGGUGUGUGACAAUAACAAAUCAAUGUGA